UCGUUUACGGGAAAGAAUUGUCACUGGAAAGAAAGAAAAAUCCCUGAAAGCGUAACGUUCAUCUUCAUUCUCACAAAAUGCUCAGAAAUUAUAUUCUACAACGUGACAGUAACACAAUGGACCUAGGAAAUAUUGCUAAUAAAUAUAACCAAUAAGACAGGAAGCACAACCGUUAGAUGGAGAGGUAAAUGUUCAUUAAAUCAACCUUUUUUUCCCUCCAUUUAUUUGCAUAAAACUCGACUCCGCUGACGUGCGCGGUAAGCGGAAGCGGUAGCAGAGUGACACCUCUGCGCUUCUGUACAUCUCCACUAUUACUACCCCUGCACGACUGCAUUUUCACUCGCCCCAGGUAUCGACAAUGAGCAACUGCGAGGAGCCCAAAGUGACCACAGCCCCGCACAUAGUGAAAGAGGGGCUCAUGGCAUCGGGCAAAUGGGUGAAACUGGAGAAGACCACAUACGUGGACCAGGCUGGAAACACCAGAACCUGGGAGACGGUGAAGAGGACGACGAGGCAGACCAACUCAGCGGAUGGUGUGGGAAUCAUCGCCCUUCUGAAACGGACGCUCCACAAAGACUGCGUGGUGAUGGUGAAGCAGUUUCGUCCUCCCCUGGGAUGCUGCUCGCUGGAGUUUCCUGCAGGGCUGAUCGACGAAGGAGAAACGGCGGAGGCUGCCGCGCUGAGGGAGCUGAAGGAAGAAACUGGCUACAAAGGCGAAGUAGUGGGAGUCACUCCAGUGACCUGCCUGGACCCGGGGCUGUCGAAUUGUACCACCCAAAUCAUCCUGGUCAACAUCAAUGGAGACGACAUGGAGAACAUUAACCCGACACAACAGCUCGGAGAUGGAGAAUUUGUUGAAGUCAUUCUUGUGCCGCUUGACGAAUUCCAGAUGAAAAUAGACGAUCUGCUGAAGAAAGAGAAAAUCGUGGUGGACUCUAAAGUUUACAUCUUUGCCAUGGGGAUGGUUCAGGCCUUCUUCAAGCCAAGGGAGCUCCCUGUCCUGAAGCAGUGAAGAAGGAAAACGUCCAGGCGUAGAGUGAGAGGAACAAUAGUCUGUAGUCGUUGUCAUAGGGCUCCAACAUGUGGAAAUAUUUGGAAAAUGCACUGAAAAUAAAAAAAACAGAUGACUCGGAUGCUCUUUUAGAGAUUGUAUGAAGAAUUAGGCUUGCAACGUGACUUUCCACCCCAUGUAACCUCACUCUGUAUUUUAGUAUUUGUGUCCACGGACGGAGCAAUAUUGUAGGAGAUUGCAAUUCAAAUAUGUGGUUGAACCAUACUAAAUGGGGGAAAAAAAUCUUGAAAUUAAAUUAUGAAACUCCUUGACAAAUCCCUGGUUUUAGAAACUGAACCUAUGAAGGAGCCCCUGGUUUACGCUACAUGUACUAGACUGCUUUUUGCUCUCAGUGUUACAGGUGGUACUAUGAAUCGCCAAAUAGUUUGCACACUUAAAUCAGAAAAGUGUUUAAUCUUGUAUUCCUUAAAUGACUAACAGUUAUUUACAGGUUUUUAUGAGAUUAUCAGUAGUUUAAUACUAAUAAGGUGAAAUGUAUAUUUUUAAUCUAGUGAUUGUGAAACAUUCCUUACAUGUGCUAACAUUCUAUAAUGCUGACUUGGAGGGUAUAAAGAACAAAAGCACCUCAAACGACCUAUACUGUUUAAUAACCAUCUAUGGGUGAAUCUAUCUUUUUGUUUGGUGUAUUCCUCUUUUACUCCUGGAUGCCUUUCAACGGUGAAUACCCGGUUACAUUGGAGAAAGUAAAAGCCAUUAGCGACGGCAUAUCUCCUGCAAUGUGACACAAGUAACAAGUUUUUGAUUUAUUAACAGUGUGAGCCGGGAUUUUUCUUUUCACUCGACAGUGACGUACAACAGAUGUGCUGUAUUGAUAAAGCUAUUCUGUUUUAGCCCCUCUAACCUGAUUACGGUGCAAUUGACUGGACACCGAUGCUGUACUUAACCUAGAAACUCGAAAUGUACUGACCAAUGAAUAAAAGUGAUACUACCUUCGUUCUUA